AUGAAAAGAGCCGCUUUUGUUUUGGAGAAUAUUCAUCUUGCAAAAAGCAUAUCCUACGAAAGAGUACCAGAAAACCGCGAUUAUGACAUCACCAUUUGUGAAAAGCAGAAUAAUCGAUUUCAUUGCUUCAAAACAAUGCCUAGUAGAUUCAGCAAGAAUAGAAAGGCCAGAGGUCAUGUUAGUGCCGGACACGGACGUAUUGGAAAGCAUCGUUGCCAUCCUUCUGGACGUGGUAAGGCCGGAGGUCUUCACCAUCUGCGUAUCCUUUUCGAUAAGUUCCACCCUGGAUACUUCGGAAAGGUCGGUAUGAGACACUUCCACUUGAAGCGUAACACCGAAUACUGCCCUACUAUCAAUGUGGACGAGCUGUGGCAUCUGCUCCCCGAAGAGGCUCAGCAGCAGGCCAUGAAGGACACCACCAAGGCUCCUGUGAUUGAUCUGAAGGCUCACGGAGUGUUCAAGCUCCUCGGCAGAGGUCGCAUUGAAAGACCGAUUGUGGUGAAGGCCAAGUUCGUCAGCAGCAUUGCUGAGAAGAAGAUCAAGGCUGCUGGAGGUGCCUGCAUUCUCACGGCUUAAUUGAAAUCGAUUUCUUU